AAAAAAAAAAAAAAUGGCGCCUUUUCCAAACGAAAUUUUACAAGAAAUCUUUAUUAAUAUUAACGAUAUCAAAACAUUACAUUCUAUUAUACUAGUAAAUCGUAACUGGUGUCGCAACGGUAUAAAAUAUCUUUGGAAGAAUCCGUUUCGUGGUGAUGUUGAUUUAAAAAAUCAUACCAAGAUUGUUCCUCUUCUUUUGAAAUUCAUCGUAAAGGAUAAAGAAUUUAUGAAAAGAUUUAUACGUGAGAAUUAUGACAAAAUUAUGAAAGAUUCUCAUGAUGAGCAAGAAAUUGAAGUUAAUGUCGAAGAUAACGAAAAAGCAAAAGAGAAGAGUAAGGAUGAUAUUAAGGAAAUUGAUAGCGAUAUUAGUAUUCAUAGUGAACAUAAGGAUCACGGUGAUGACGAUAACGAAGACAGCGAUGACGAUGAUGAACUGAAUUCUGAUGAAUACGAUGAUGAAUACGACGAAUAUGAUGUGGACGAUGAAGAAGAUUACGACGAAUAUUAUGAGGAUAGUGAUGAGUAUGAUCUUGAGGAUGAGACGGAUGAUGAUGAUGAUGACGAUAUAGAAUGUUCUCUGCCAUCAGAUACGUCUUUUGAUUAUCCUUCUUUUAUAACACAUAUUGAUUUUCAUAAUAUUUUCCUCCUUGUUAUGAAAUACGUUAAAGAUAAGGAAAGUAAAAUAAAAAAUAUGUUUAAUGGAGCUACUUCCUCAGAAAAAAAUAAUUUAGAAAAGGGGAAAGGAAAAGAAGUUCUUCAGAAUGAUUUGAAUGAUAUUGAAAUGGGAUCAUUUAAUUUAGAUAUUAAUAUUCCCCUGCCAGAGGUUCCAGAAAUAGAACAAGUUUUUGGGUUUGUCUUUACAAUCAUGAGAAUUAUAGUAAAAAGAGGUGCUAUUAUUGAAAAGAUUAUUCUUCAUUUGGAUGAAAAUGAUUUAUUCGGAGAACCUUCCGAGCGAGAACCACCAACUUCCAUUUUUCAUUACAAUUAUGGUUUUGACGAAAAAGCUGUUGAACAGUUCAUCACGAGACUUGAUAUGUUUUUUAUAAGCUUGUUUGCUAUUGCAUACGAAAAGAAAAAAAUGACAUUUAAAAAGCUGAGAAGUGUUGAAAUUAGUGGAUGCAUUUAUAAAAAUCACGUUCUUUCGUCUUUAGCAUUACUUUCUAAAAACGUGAGAGUUCUUGGAAUUAACGACUUUAAUCUUAAUGAUCUUCAAGAACCAUUGAUGAAAUUUAUUAAAUCACAAAAACAACUUGAACAAGUAAGAAUCAAGGGAGAUAGUUUGGGUUAUAUCAUUGAUAAAUUAGGUAAUAUAUCUGGAGUUAUUUCCAGUUUGGAAUCUCAGGCGAAUACGUUAAAGAAGCUCAAAUUAACAAAUGCAAAUAUUGGGAAUGAUUUUGGAUUUGAAUCAUUGUUAAAAUGCAAGCAGUUGGAAAACUUAUCUUUGGUUCAAGUAAAUAUGAGAUUACGCCAUCUAAGAAUUUUUAAUCAUGCAUCUUUCCCGAAUUUGAAGACUUUGAAACUUGAUUUCAUUGAUUACUCGGAUGGAUUAAGAAUGUCAAAUAGUAUUAAUCCUUUUAUUAAAAUUAUGAAUAACCAUAAUAUGGUAUCGAAUUUGAACGUGCUCAGCAUCAAAUACGAAGGUGAAAAUAAUCAUAAAUUGCUUAAAGGUAUAUUAGAGAAUUGUAAUAAGAAUCUUUCUAGUUUCAGCACGUUUAUUAUCGAAAAACAAGAUAUCCCACCUUUAUUCUCAAUCUUAAAGAAAUGUAUAAAUAUGAGAAAGUUGUCUUUGACGAGAUCUUGUCGUUUGAUAAAUUUCGGAUUUACUGUUGAAAUGGCAAAGAUCUUACCUAAAAGCUUGAAUACUUUGGAAUUUAUUCAUAUGGUAUUAUCAGAUAGUUCAUUGAUAGGAUUUUUUGAUAAUUGCAAGGUGGAGUUGAAGCAAUUUCGCCUUAAUUUUCAUGGAGAUCAUCAUCUGGAUAGGGUUGUUUAUAGAGGAUUAAUCGAGAAAUAUAGUAAAGAAAAGAAAAUGGUAAUUAAAGAAUUUGAUAUGUCCCCAGAUUCUGCUCCAAAUCUGGAAUUCAAUGUUAAAUGGGAAUAACUGGACCAAUAG